AUGGGUAAGGCAAACCGAAAACAAUUCUUUAACCACCGUCAACAUAAUCUUCGACAACAAAAAGAGGGUGAAAGACAACGCCAUUUAGACGAACUGGAUAUAGAGAACCAUGGGCUUCAUUUACAGCUAACUACUUCUCUUACACAAAUAACAACUUUAUCUAAUAGAAUUAACACACUCUCUACUCAGCUUAAUAGAUAUAGGCGUAGAAGUCGCUACCUCGAUAAUACCUGGAGAGAUGUCGUAAGACUUUUUGUCGUCAUAGAACUUGCGUAUGCUGAAAGGCGUCGUAAGGCAUUUUUGUCGUUCUAUAGACUUGCGCUCUCUCUCUUUCUUUUCUUAGCUAGUAAUAGUAGUAGAUAG